AACGCCAUUCGGAAAAGAGAGAAAGAGGGUGAGAGAGACAGAGAAUAGGGCUUCGUAUUUAAGCCGGAGACAGGCCUCAUUUCUCUUUUAAUAGCAUUUGGUACCAUCAGCAACUAAGAACUCUGAGAAUGCCCGCAAGUCUAUUUGCCGUUGUGGUAUUGGCCAUCAGUUGUUCACUUCACCAAACCUCAGCCGCGCCAUCCUCUGCGGGUGCGGCAUCGUUGGUCAAGCAACACUCCAAUGACUUGUCCAGGAUGAUGAUGCCCUCGCUACGGGCCAAACGGGCCAUGCUUCCGCCCGCAGCCAGGGCACCCAUGUUUGAAAAGCCCAUGAUGAUGGAACCCCAAGCUAUGGAUAUGGAUCCUGCCCUUCAGGGCUUGUCCACUUCAGAGAUCUAUCGCAUGCUGGAAAUCCUAGAUAUGAUCGAGACUAAGAAAACCGAGAAACUCACCAUGAAAGACAUGGACACUUUGAAGUACCUUCUAGACGUCUACCAACAAUAAUCCUCAACGCCAAGCAGAGCAUUGGGAUUAGCGGCGAGUGCAUCUCUUGGUCAUCCGAUUCGGUUCUCUUAUAGUAGGUCAACAACGGCGUCUUGUUCUUCAUUUUUUCCCUCUUCUACGGCUGAUCUUAUUUCAUGGCUGAAAUUUGCUCUUGAUCGCGGUAGCGGGUUAAGCCUGCAAAUAAGGCGCACAAAGGUCAAGAGUAGGGUAGGUUCAAUCAGUCAACGCAAGUCCUCCUCCCCAAUGAGUUUAUCAUGUGGAACCCACCGAUCUGCAAACGCUUUAUUCAUCAUCGACAACAAAAACAACAACAACUACUACUACUACUACUACUUCUACAACGUCCCGUCUGAUUCCUAUUUUCAUUCAUCAGAUUCUCCCAUCGAUCUAUCUUUCUAUACAUACAAAAUACAUAACAAGUCUGUGCUUGUGGGUACGAUAUGAAAGACAUACAUAACAAUGACCAUGACUAGUACAACACGAUUUCCCCACCUUCUCCUCCCUCUGACUUCAGUCCCAACAUUCCCCGAAACUUGUGUGGCACCACUCACCUCACGGGACUCGCGAGUUUGACGUUCGUUCCAUGUACCAUUGUAGCACAGAAAGUCACUCAUUUACAUGGUUUUUAUUUGAAUAAACAAAACGAUUCCAUUAUGGCUUGA